AUGGGGAUCGACCGCUCUCGCCUCCAUCCCAGCGAGGCACCAUUUCAUGGCAUCGUGCUGGGGAAACGGGCGAUGCCUCUCAGGCAGAUCGACCUGCCCAUCACUUUUUGGACUCCUUCCAACUAUAGGAAGGAGACCCUCACCUUCGAAGUGGUGUACGAGUGCGACGUAGAAUGCUGCGAGUAUGCCGCGGCCAUCACUUGCACAGAGGACCCCGUGGUCUGGCUCGCAGAGAGCGCCGAGGACUCACCCAACUCCAAGCAGUCCACCACCUCCUUCAAGGCCACCGAAGGCGUCAAGGAGGUCCCCCUCGACCCCAGCAGUUCUGACGGCAGGAUCGUGCGGAUAGGCGCUACCCUAUCUCCCAAAUAG